AACAAUUUUUGCAAGAUAACAUUCCCGGUAUAUUUACGGGUGUAGGCCCUGACAGUCACAUUAACCAAGACUUGAGAACUUGCUUUCAUCUUUGCCGAAAGAGAGAGGUAUUGUAUCAUCCUACACAUAUCAGUUUCAAGGAUUCUGGUACCCUCCUUACGCUUUGCAGGGAAUUAUCAAUUGUCAAGAAGAAUUUCAACCCCGUGAAAAUGAUAUCUUCCUUGUUACAUCCCUAAAAUCCGGCACCACCUGGCUUAAAGCCAUCAUUUAUGCAUUGGUCAACCGCGACGCCCACCCUCCUCAGGAUCCUCACGAUCCUCUGCUUAGUAAAACUCCCCAUCAGCUUGUUCCUUUUCUCGAAUUUCUUCAUCCCUCUGAGUAUGACUCCCUUUGCAACUCCUCAGACAGCAGCAGUAGGAUCUUUGCAACUCAUAUUUCAUUAGGUACCCUCCCAUAAAGACUCUGUUACUUUACGUUUUCUGCGGUUCAUACUUCAUCUCUGUUGUUUGUGGUUCAUACUUCAUCUCUGUCAACAUCUGUUUUUGUCUUGUUAGGUUAUUGGUUGCUUUGGCAUUGAUUAUUUCACCUACAAGUCUGAUGAAAGACAUUUCAGGCACAUUAUAUAUUAGCUUAAAAUGAUAGUUUUCUGCAAUAUUGAGAAACACUUGAUAUAUAUUAGUAGUGAGGAAAUCAGUUUCUGUACUCUGUAAUUUAGCUGCCUCCUGUCGAUGUAGGCAAGUUGCCGAACCUCGUUAAUCUAGUUUACUGUUUCUGAUAUAUUAUUUACUGCUGUUUGUUUCUCUGCGCACCACAUAUGAUGGAGCCAAGACCAGCACCGCCUCUUCAGGACGUCGACAACCAAGAACUUGAGAACUUGCUUUCAUCUUUGCCGAAAGAGAGAGGUAUUAUCCCAUCAUACUCAUAUCAAUACCAAGAAUUCUGGUUUUCUGCUUUAACUUUGCAGGGAAUUAUCAAUUGUCAAAAAGAAUUUCAACCCCGUGAAAAUGAUAUCUUCCUUGUUACAUCCCCAAAAUCCGGCACCACCUGGCUUAAAGCCAUCAUUUAUGCAUUGGUCAACCGCGAAGCCCACCCUCCUCAGGAUCGUCACCAUCCUUUGCUUAGUAAAACUCCCCAUCAGCUUGUUCCUUUCCUCGAAUUUCUUCAUCCCUCUGAGUAUGUGUCUGUUUGCAACUCCUCAGACAGUAGCAGUAGGAUCUUUGCAACUCAUAUUUCAUUAGGUACCCUCCCAAAAGCCAUAACCGGCAGGGACAUCAAAGACACCUUUGUUUCAAUCUUCCACUUUGGCAACAAGAAUAGUAUGAGAACCUCUCCCAUUUCUUUGGAAGACGCCUUUGAUUUUUACUGUAAGGGAAUCAGUUCAGCUGGUCCGAUUUGGGAUCAAAUCUUGGGAUAUUGGAAAGAGAGCCAGAAAAACCCAAAUAAGGUGCUCUUUAUGAGGUACGAAGAGAUGAAAGAUGAGCCUUAUUUACAGCUGAGGCGUCUAGCAAAUUUUCUUGGGAUCCCAUUUUCCCCGGAGGAAGAAAAUUCAGGUUUGAUUGAUCAAAUCAUAAGUAUAUGUAGUUUUAAGAGCAUGACCAAGGUGGAUGUUAAUAAGACGGGAACCGUUGUGGAUGGAUUUAACAAUAGUUCAUUUUUACGGAAAGGUGUAGUCGGAGAUUGGAAAAAUUGUUUAACUGCUGAUAUGGCUUCUAGGUUGGAUCAGAUUACAGAGGAAAAAUUCCGUGGUUCCGGUUUGUCUCUCUAAUAUAUUUUCACUAUGCUCCCGCCAAAAUAUAUGCUAAAAAUGUCUGUUGUGUGAUUUCAACUGGUCUUGGUUUCCAUGUUUCAUGUUGUUCAGUGGUACUGUGUGCGAGUCUCUAAGUUCUAUCCAAACAUGUGUAAUGUUGUUCAUGUUAUAUAUAUAAAA